ACACUGGUUGGUUCCGGCUGAUAGUGGUCAGUAAAGGAUGCAGGCGCCACUCGCCAUGCGACUCCUGUGAGUACAGACGUGAUGGUGGUAGGCGCAGAACAGCAGGUUGUGGACGACUGGUCCCCUUAAGGCUGCAAUCGCCUUUGCCUCACCACGACUGUCGUUCGCUACCACGUCGCUCUUUGCCAACUGUACGAUCAUGUUUGUCUCUACUGGGCAAUGGCUAUUGUUUGCGCAUGUCUUCGCGCUGGGUGCCGUUGCGCAUCGGGACUGGUGGCUGCAAGGCCUGCCCAAAUGUUGGCAGGACUGCUUAGGCAACACAGAAGCGGGUUGCGGCUAUAGGAAAUGUAUAUGUCAGACAAGCGAAAGCAGCGCCUCUUACCUCCCCAGCGCCGUCGCGUGCGCCGUCACCAACUGCGAUGCAGACGACUGGGCUCUCGAACUCGUCCUCGGCCCGCUAGAACUGUAUUGCGAUGCGAUAGGCUGUACGAUACCGGCAGAGGUGGUGGAUGAUGCAUAUGAUGCCGUCUCGAGUAGCUACGUGCCGCCAUCGACCACGCGUGCCCCUCCUACGACGACCGCCGCUGCACCGAAGCCGACCACCACCACCAGCGAAAGCGACGACGAUGACAGCGAUGGCUUCACAAGCCCAGUUAGCACAACUAUAACCCGGACGACCACCGAUGGCGACGGCAACACAUUGCAGAUAGUCGUACCCAUAGUAGUGAACCCAACCGGCAUCAGUACAGGCAGCAUUGUCACGUCUACCGUUGCUGGUGCGUCGCCAACGUCUGCGGUGUCAUUGCGCAGCGAAACUGCCCAGCCUUCCGCUCCGGCGCCGACAGCGGGAGCCUCAUCGACCGCAUCUCCACCUUCAUUGGCGACGGGGUCGGGGUCGGAUGAGCCAGAUCCUCCGGCCAACGGCGAUGGAAGCCCUUUCGUGAACAUGCAAGCGGGUGCAGGAAGAUGGGCGGUGUCGAUACCACUUAUGGCAAUGGGUGCUUUCGCCGUGUUGUGGAUGCGCUUAUAGCGGGCGAUCAUCUGUGGUAACGGAGGCGUGCCUGUGGCUUCGCUCGAGGCCGAGGUUUGUAGGGCAAGGGUCAUUGAUCUCGCGUUGGUGAGCGGUGGGCGAUCAUCCGCAAGCAAUAUUUGCUUCCUUCCCGGAAUGUACGAAUGGUCAUGAUCUCUCCGCGUUAUGGGCGUUCUGAGUAGGCGAUGAUGACCUGGGUAUUGCAGUGUUUACUCUUCCCAGUGAGAGAAGGCGGCAACGACGAAGAAUU